CAGGCAUAAGGGCUGUAGUGUGAGGAUUGGGAGGAACUCGACCUACUCCGCUAACCCAGUGGCCUGAGCCAAUCACAAAGAGGAUUGGAGCUUCACUCCGAGCGCUCCUUCCCUUCUCCUCCCUCUGUGACAGCCUCUUGGAAAGAGGGACACUGGAGGGGUGUGUUUGCAAUUUAAAUCAUUGGAUUUUUGCCCACUCUCUUUCCAAAUAAGAAGGCAGGAGCUGCUUGCUGAUGUGUAAAGGGUCUUCUGAGCUGCAGUGGCAAUUAGACCAGAAGAUCCUCGCUCCUGUCUCUAAAGAGGGGAAAGGGCAAGGAUGGUGGAGGCUUUCUGUGCUACCUGGAAGCUGACCGACAGUCAGAACUUUGAUGAGUACAUGAAGGCUCUAGGCGUGGGCUUUGCCACUAGGCAGGUGGGAAAUGUGACCAAACCAACAGUAAUUAUCAGUCAGGAAGGAGACAAAGUGGUCAUCAGGACUCUCAGCACAUUCAAGAACACGGAGAUUAAUUUCCACCUGGGAGAAGAGUUUGAUGAAACCACUGCAGAUGAUAGAAACUGUAAGUCUGUUGUUAGCCUGGAUGGAGACAAACUUGUUCAUGUACAGAAAUGGGAUGGCAAAGAAACAAAUUUUGUAAGAGAAAUUAAGGAUGGCAAAAUGGUUAUGACCCUUACUUUUGGUGAUGUGGUUGCUGUUCGCCACUAUGAGAAGGCAUAAAAAAGUUCCUGGUCUGGGCUUGGAAGAGCUCUUCAGUUUUUCUCUUUCCUCAAGUCUCCGUGCUAUCCUAUUACAGCACGGCUGAUCAUUAAUUAGAACGUUAUCCUUGGUGUGGAAGUGCAAAAUCAUGAUUUAAAAGCUUGUUACUCCAAGCAACUAGCCCAAUUUUAAUCUGAAAAUUUAUCAUGUUUUAUAAUUUGAAUUAAAGUUUUGUCCCUCCCCUUUUUUUAAUAAACAACUGAAUAUAUUUUAUAAUUUCUUUUGGAAUGUAAAUCAAAUUUGAAUAAAAAUCUUACAUGUGAAA